AUGACCCAAACCAGACAAGAUGCAGUUAAAAAGGAACAAGAUCCAUAUCAACCAUACAUACCAGGUGUUGGAAGGAUUGAAAUGACCAAUUGGCUUUUGAGAAAUGUCGAAGUUAUUAAUAAUAGAAUCUGGGGCUCUCACUAUGAGCGAUCGAGAUAUCAUUUUUAUGAUAUUGCUUUUCAAAAAAGUUCCAAAUUUCAUAUGCCAUAUCUACCGCAAUCUACACGUAACUAUGCACUUGCAAAUCGCAUUAAUUACUUGCCUUACUACGGAUCUGGUCACUUUUUAUUGCAUUAUCCCGUUACUAACGAAGAAAUUCAGCAAAUAAUUGAUAAAGUACAAGGAGUUUAUAACAAACAAUUAGAAUCUAAUGGAGAUUUCAACAGCGAAUUUAGAAAUUAUGUACUGAGACAAGUUGCUCGUACUACACCUGGUAGAAAUGCAUUUGAUGUUGCCAGGAUUUACUCUGAAUAUCAACUUAGAAAUUUAUCAUCAGACAAUAAGGUCCUCGUAGCACAGAGAUGUGAGUUACCUAACGUUAGUGUACCUGAAUAUAGCAUGACUGAAUAUCCAAUUAGAAUCCAGAAUUCUUCAAAAUCAUGUUUUAAUAAUGAUCAUUUAUUUUUAGCCAAUCAGAAUUCAUUUGGCAUAUUUAAUAUUGAAACAGGAGAGAACAGCGUUUAUGAGCAACCUUUAAUUGAACACGUAGCACCAAUUACAACCGGUGGAUUUAUUUUCUCAAAUUCAAACAGAGAAAUCUACUAUGUUAAAGGUGUUGAUGAAUUUACAGGCCCAAUGAAGACUAAUUACUACAUCUCGUCGCUAAAAUCUUCGCAUGGAUUACAAUCUACAUUUGUAGCCCUCAAUCCGACAAAAACUGCUAUGAUGUAUGGCUCAAAAUACGGAAUAAAAGAAUUAGAAACAACUCCAGUUGAAAUAAUGGAUGUUUACAACAAAAAUGUUUAUCUUGUAUCUGAUUCAGAAGAUCACAACAGUUCUGUGAUCAAAUUUUACGAUGAUGGUGUUCUAGCUCGAAACUGGACCACCAUUGAGAAGAUUAAUAAGAUCAAAUACAUCCCAGAAAAGAAAUUGCUUGUAAUGACAUCGAAAUCCGGCUUCAGCUUCUUAGAUCCAAGAGUAAAGGAACCACAGAUCAAAUACCAGUUCAAUGGUGCUAAAUAUUUCGCUUAUUCCGAUGUAAAUCACUAUCUGUGUCUCGCAAGUAACAAUUCCAUUGAAUUUUACGAAGAAAGAAGUUCGAAACCGUUUGGAAAAAUCGAUUUUCCAAGCUCAGGUCCAAUAUUACCAAAUUUCAAAAUUGGCUGGCUUCGAAACAAAGAUUUGCUUGCAUUUGCCAGUUGCAAAGGAGUUUUUGCAGUUCUUUGCCCUGAUACAAUCAACCCUGUUUUGGAAUCUUACUCAAUUCCUGUUUCGGAAAAAAUUGAUUUGAGUUGUUCUUUCAAUACUGUUCUCGUUAGACAGGAAAAUAAUUGCAGCAUAUUCACACAGUUACUUGACGAACUGCAUGUUCCUGCACAAUUCUAG